CCGAUCCUGGCUGUGAUGGGCAGUGCCGGGGGAGCCGAUSCCGAUGGUGCCGGGCGGUGCCGCAGGCGCCGAUCCCGAUCCCGGCCGUGCCGGGCGGUGCCGGCUCCACCGCCCCGAUCCGGGUUCCCGGCGGAGGCGGAGCCGCGCAGGGAGGAUCCCGGGACGAGCCGUGGCGGAGCGGCCAUCGCUCGGCACCACCCGGCUCGGCCCGGCCCGGCCCGGGACAGCGCGGACGGAGCGGGGCGGGGGCAGCACCGGGACGGUAUCCCGGGGCCGGGCUGUCCCCGGGCAGGGCCGUGCCGCGGUGGGCAGCCCCCGGCCCCGCCGUGUCGCCGUGCCGGCCCGGACCCCCCGGCAGCGAUGGCCGCCCGCAUCCUGCACCGGCUGCGGCACGCACUGGCGGGUGAGGGCGGCCGGGACGAGCCGGCGGGCGGCGGUGGCGAGGCCGAGGACUGCCCGGAGAGCUCGGAGCUGGAGGAUGACACCGAGGGGCUGUCGACGCGCCUCAGCGGCACCCUGAGCUUCACCAGCCACGAGGACGAGGAGGAGGAGGAGGAGGAGGAGGGGGACGGAGCUAGCGAAGAGCUGGAGGAGCUGGCGCCGGGGGCGGCAGCAGGCACGGAGGACGGAGGCAGGUGGUGGGGCGAGUGGGUCUCUGCGGCGGAGCGCCCUGGCGGCAGCCUGCUGACCCGGCAGCUGCAGGAGCUGUGGCGGAGGUCGCGGGGCAGCCUGGCACCGCAGCGACUGCUCUUCGAGGUCACCAGUGCCAGCGUGGUCAGCGAGCGCUCUUCCAAGUACGUGCUCUACACCAUCUACCUGAUCCGCUCUGGCCAGUUUGACAAGGCUCCUGCCACCAUCGCCCGGCGCUACUCGGACUUUGAGCAGCUGAACCGCCGCCUGCGUUGCCGCUUCAGCUGCGACAUGGCCAGCAUUGCCUUCCCCAGGAAGAGGCUGCGCCGGAACUUCACCGCUGAGACCAUUGCCAAGCGGAGCCGAGCCUUCGAGCAGUUCCUGUCCCAUCUGCACUCCAUCGAUGAGAUCCGCCGCUCUCCUGAGUUCCUCGAGUUCUUCUUCCUGCCGGACCUGCAGGCUGCGCAGCGCCUGACCUGCACUGGCAUGUACCGCGAGGCCCUGGCCACCUGGGCCAACGCCUACCGGCUGCAGGACCGGCUGGGGGUCUGCAGCUCCGGCCGCUUCCUGCUGACUCUGGCCGGGCUGGCUGUCUGCCACCAGGAGCUGGACCAGCUCAGUGAGGCCCAUGGUUGCUGUGAGCAGGCACUGCAGCUGCUGGAGGCUCAGGGCAGCCACCCGCUGCUGGGACCCUUCCUGCAGGCCCACGUCCACCUGGCCUGGAAGGUGGGCAAGGACAAGCGGCGCUCAGAGGCCCGGCUGCAGGACCUGCGGGAAGCCGGGCUGCCCCUGCAGCAGCAGCCUUCCCUGAAGGAAURCCUGAUCAAGGAGCCUCUGGAAUGAACAGCCUGUGCCCACAUGGGCGGGAGGGCAGGGGCUGUGGGGGCUCACACCCGUGGCAGCUGGGAACACUGAGAGCAAUGCCGUGGGUAGGGAUGGGGCAGGGGAGYAGCGCUGCAGUCCCACGGGCAGCACAGCCCAUGCCUUGAGCUGCCUCCUGAAUGCACUUUCUCUGUGGUUAGUCUGUCCUGCGGGGCUGGGGACUCACGGGGGUCCACCACCCACACCGGUGCUGCCAGAAGCUGCUCCCCCUCUUUGGGGGAUCCUGGAGUGGCUGKGACUUUAGCUGGGACGUACUGGCACCUUGCAAGGGAAUGGGAAGGCUUCUGGCAGGGUCCAGGGCUGUUGCCGGGAGCUUCCCAUGAAACUUAYAUAAUAGAAAGGACUUUAUUAAAUAAAGUCUUGGCAGGAAGAAGAGUAAGGUGCCUGCUGUGUCUG